UCAAAUACCUGGAAAAAUAACCUCGUCCUAUGUUUCACGACCAAUGGCAUCCUUCCGUAAUUCUUGGAGCAUAAUCGUCCAUUUACCUCCAACCUCUUUCCUCCUAUCACAAAACCCCUGCUAAUUCCAAGCCCAACGGAUGCCCGGUGAGUCUCGUGCUUUCGCCUUCCCCGCAGCAACCGCAAGUGGAGGGGGUAAUUCCUCGUCCCUCGAUACCCCCACUUUUUAAUACUCUCUACACCUUAAACUUACUCUCCUCGGACAUCGCAAUGCAAAAUCGGCGUUUAAUCCUCUCGAAAUCUCGAUCUUGAUCUCAUAGGAUUUUGAAAGAUGUUCCUUUCGUCAUUUCGUCGAGUAAUUGAUGGUCUGUAUCUUUCCAAAUUGCUCUUUGGCGAUGUCUCGAGGGUUUUUGGUCGGUUCUUUUAAGCUAGGGUUCUGGAGGAGUAUAAGUAUAUAUGAGUGAUUCUAGGUGUUUGUUUGGUGGUGUGGAAGGAUUGGCCCGAGACUUUCGUCAGGGAUCUCGGUGUUCUUCAGGUAGAGUGACUACGAUGGCAAAGUUUGGUAUUUGAGUCACUUCACAACUUUGGGAAUAUGUUGAGAGGAGAGGCUUUUGUGGAGAUCAUAUGAUUCCUACUCUGCUCCAAGUUGAACUUUUUGGCUUAGGUUAGGAAGGAGAUUGUGAUUAUUAUGACUGGUGGUAAAGUGGAAGUGGUCAGCAGCAUUGGCUGUUCAAGGCUCUUUGUUGGUUCCUCCACUUCCUUUCCCUCAUUGAAUUUUCUGAGACCCACCGAGAUGAUGUCCCCGGCUUCUUCAGCCCCCCCGCAGUCUGAACCUAGAGUUCCGUCGGUUGUAGGGCCUUUUACUGGUCUUGUCAUAUGCGUCACGGGGCUCUCUAAAGAAGCAAGAAAACAAGUCAUGGCUGCAACAGAGAGACUAGGUGGUCAAUAUAGUGCCAGUUUGCAUCCUCAGUGUACUCAUCUUGUGGUCCAGAGCUUUGGUGGACGCAAGUUUGAACAUGCAUUGAAGUAUGGAUCGAAAAAUGGGCUAUUAAUUGUUACACUCGGCUGGUUUGUUGACAGUGUUAAGAAAAACACGAGGCUAAACGAAUCUCUUUAUAGAAUUAGAAGUGUCGGAGAGAGUGGCUUACCAUCAGGGGAGUUUAAUCGACUUGUUGGGCUUCCUGGCAGUGAAAAAUCCUGCCUUCCUGCCAUAGCCUUUGAGGAUGAAAGGUCUUCUAACACAACUGGGCAACCUCAACUACCUUCUUCUGUAAAAGAGAUAAGGGCUGGUGGAUCUGUUUUGAAUGAUUGCAUCUACAUUGAUUCAGGAGUAUCAUAUGAACUGAAGAAGAAGGUCAUUGAAGCUGCGACCGACGAAGGUGCAGCAUUGUUGGAUCACUGGUUUGUUGGUUGCCAUGCAAGUCAUGUUGUUUGUGAAGGACCUUCUGUCCAAAGAUACAUUGGCCACACCAAUAACCUUGUAACUCCACUGUGGGUCCUGAAAACAGCAAAGGAGAAGUGCUUGCAGCGGCUUGUGCACUUAUCUUCUGAUCUUGCCAGGCAGGUAGCCAUAGUUCUCGAAAAUGCUCAGGAUACAUAUGGAGAAAGUGGCCACCAUGUUGCUUUAAAUUCUAAGAGAACUGCUGAUGGCAAAAACAAAGAAAGCCUUGAAGGGAGACAAAAAAAUGUUGAUUUGGCAAAAUUGGAUGUCAGACGUCGUCGUUGUCGACGUAUACAAUCUUGUCAAAUUCCAAUUCAUCCAAUUACUCCUAGCAGCCUUCUGGAGUCAAUCUGCUGGUCGAUCUCCGAGCCAGUUUCAUCUGCAUGUAUCUAUACAGAAUCCUCUGUUGUAGAUGAUGUUGGUGAGCAACAUACUUCUGUUUUCUUUGAUGCAAGGGGUGAUGGGAAGGAAUCUGAAGCAUCAUUUGACAACUUCUCGCGCCCACUUAGAGAAAGUGAAAAAAGGGAGGUGAUCUUUAAGAAUCACUUCCUUACCAUACUCUUCCCAUGUGAUCGUUUUGGUGAGUUGGGACCUUCUUCAAGAACAUUUUUCAGUGAAGGUGGUUUUACAUGUGUACAGGUUCUGGAGCAUAUUUACAACUUCUACCAGGAGAACAUGUCAGAAAAUGAAAUGGCCGUAGCAAUUCACACAGACUCAAGGUAUGCUGACCGGCUCCGGUCUCUCUAUGCUAGCAAAGAAUCAAUUGAACGAGGUUUUGUGCCAUUCAAGCGAAUUGAUUUCUUGGGAAGUCGAAGGAGCUUUGAGUCACUGAAGCGAGUCAGUGGGGAGAAUAACACCAAUGUAUAUGAGCUCUUGAUCAGAGCAUGAGUUCUAUGCUUUAAUUGCAACCACGGGCUUCUGUUUGGUUUGGUUUCUUUUUCAAAAGCUCACUUCAGAACUGUUGUAUAUGUUGGGAUUCAUAUGAAUAAUGACCAACCAGGGAAAACUCUGCUGCCCUUGGGCCUUAGCUUUGUUAGAGUUACAGAAGAGUGCAGCUAAAUGCUCCACGAUAGUUCCGUCUUUAGCGUUGUCGGUCGCAUGGUAAAACAAUAAUUUAACAUGCAAGAGGCCAUAUAACUUUAUUCUUGUACCUAUGUUCAUAGUAACAGUACCCUCUGGAUCAGUGCAAAAUUCUCAAAUUAUUUAUGACAUCUUUUUGGUC